AUGCGUUCUUUACCAAAUAUUCUGAUAGCAGGAACCCCUGGCGUCGGCAAGACUACGACGUGCAACGAGAUCCUUAGCCUGGCGUCCCAAGCGACACCACCACUCAACCUCAAGCACCUCUCCAUCAACGACAUCGUCAAGGAGCGAUCCUGCCACAGCGGGUAUGACGAAGAACUACAAACCCUGAUUGUCGACGAAGACAAGCUCAUGGACGAGGUCGAGAAAGAGAUCGCGGACGGCGAGGGUGAAGGAGGCUGGGUCAUUGACUGGCACUCGACUGCAGGGUUCGCCGUACGCUGGGUUGACCUGGUGGUUGUGCUCAGGUGCGAAGAGACGAGCGUGCUGUUCGACAGACUCUCAUCAAGAGGAUACAAGGACGAGAAAGUGCAAGAGAACAUGGAUGCCGAGAUAUUUGGUGUUGUCAGCGAGGAAGCAAAAGAGGCCUGGGAUGAGGACGGGCAAGUGGUUGAAUUGAGAAGCGUGUCACCCGAGGACAUUGAAGAGAACGCAGAACGAGUAGUGGCGUGGGUCAAGAACUGGAUAAAAGAUCAGGGCCACUGA